AUGAGGAAUUUGGGUCAGCGGCAAGAGGAUUUGGCACAUGGAAUUCUCGUUGAUUGGCACACCUGUAAUAGCAGAUCUGACGGUAAGAUUUGUGUAACUAUUCGGAAAGCUUCCUCCAUACUGUUUUAACUGGAAUUGAGUUCUUUCAGAUGAGGUUUUGGAAGGACGAGCCCCAGCAACAGUUGUGAGCGAUAAAAACAGCGUUCUGCAAUGUGUUUCUGCUGCAUUGAAGGAAUAUCUCGUAGCUGGCGUUCCAUCAAUACGUCGUAUUCGUACGAUCAAAUCGUACUGGGUACCGGAACAGUUGCCUAGAGGCUUGGAAGUCAAAUGGCAGCUGAGGUUACAAUACGAUGAGUACCGUGUUGGAACCCUGUUAAAUCCGCUUGUCUUUUUGGGAGCUUUGUUCAUCCUUGGGAGCAACCAUCUGCGCUUGUCCAUGUUGGGUUCUGAUCCACUCAACAUGUUGUCUGAUUUAGGACCUAUGGCAUGA